AUGGACCCCGACGCAUUCACCGCUAGCCUAUUCAAGUGGGACCCACGCACCGUCCUUCCCACCACGGCCCCCACGCGCCCUCCUCUCCUCGACUACACGGUGGCUCCGCCAGUUUCCCCGGCGGCCGCGGCGUACCACCCGGUGAGGGCGCCGCGGGAACUAGGAGGGUUGGAAGAGCUUUUCCAAGCCUACGGCAUAAGGUACUACACGGCGGCGAAGAUCGCCGAGCUCGGCUUCACGGUGAGCACGCUGGUGGACAUGAAGGACGAGGAACUCGACGACAUGAUGAACAGCCUCUCCCAAAUUUUCCGCUGGGACCUCCUCGUCGGAGAACGUUACGGCAUCAAAGCCGCCGUUAGAGCCGAACGACGUCGCGUCGAAGAAGACGACAUCAAGCGCCGUAACAACAACCUUCUCUCAAACGACACCACCACCAACGCCCUCGACGCUCUCUCUCAAGAAGGUUUAUCGGAGGAGCCAGUGGUGCAACGAGAGAAGGAGGCGGUGGGGAGCGGGGGAGGGAGCACGUGGGAGGUUGUCGCGGCGGAGGAGAGGAGGAAGCAGCAGCAGAGGAGGCGGAGGACGAGGAUGAAGGGGAGUGUUCAUCACGACGAGAAUGAGGAGCUUGAAGAUGAGGAAGGAGAAGAGAACGAUGAAGGGAACAACAACAGUGGUGGGUGUGAGAGGCAAAGGGAGCACCCAUUCAUCGUGACGGAGCCAGGGGAGGUUGCACGUGGGAAAAAGAACGGUUUGGAUUAUCUGUUUCAUCUUUACGAGCAGUGCCGUGAGUUCUUGAUUCAGGUUCAGGCUAUCGCGAAGGACCGCGGUGAAAAAUGCCCCACCAAGGUGACAAAUCAGGUAUUUAGGUACGCGAAGAAGGCUGGAGCUAGCUACAUCAACAAGCCGAAGAUGCGACACUACGUGCACUGUUACGCAUUGCAUUGUCUUGACGAAGAGGUAUCGAACGAGCUGAGAAGAGCGUUCAAGGAGAGAGGGGAGAACGUGGGAGCGUGGAGGCAAGCGUGUUACAAACCCCUCGUUGCCAUCGCAGCGCGUCAAGGUUGGGACAUUGAUGCCAUUUUCAAUGCUCAUCCUCGUCUUUCCAUUUGGUACGUUCCAACAAAGCUCCGUCAACUUUGCCAUGCCGAGAGGAACAGCGCCGCCGCUUCAAGCUCCGUCUCCGCCGGCAGCGCCCACCUUCCCUUUUAA